UGAAUCAAAGAUCUAUAGCGCGGCGCUACACGAUAUUUGCUUUGAACUACAUAAAAGUUAUGAAAAAUGCCACGGUUCGAGAUGUUUGACAUCUCUGGCAACUUUUGGCCAGGAACUGCCUAACAUUGUUACACUUUACAGAUAUAUACACAGAUGCACGUACAUGUACAUGUAUGUUGAGCCCAGCUGGUGAGUUUUAUACGUCCUAACAUCAAUAAUGCCAGGUACUGUGCCAAAGGUUCUGAAUAAUGUCAGCUGUGGCAGAAUAGCAAGGAAGAUUGGCAACAAGUUAUUACCCUUAGCUUUAGAGUUGGGUUUGGAAAAUACUGAGAUACAAGCGAUCAAGGUGCGGCACCCACAUGAUCUCUUUGGUCAAAACGCGGAAGUCCUCAGUGAAUUUGUCUCAAGAAAUGGCGAGAAUCCUAACAUUCUGGCAAGAUUGUUGACUGCCCUCAGAGAAGACACUGUUGGUCUUAAUAAUUUGGCAAGAGAAGUUGAGCAAUAUGCAAGGAACCAAGUUCAAUUUGGAGAUCAACAACAAAUGGGUGGCCCUGUGCAAACUGACUCAUUGGCAGUUACUUCUCUUGCUUCUUCAACCAUUGUUGUCAACAAUCCCAGGGGCCCUGUCACGGUUGGCCAUUCACAAGACAAUACAUAUCAUCAAGGUGGGAUGCAUUCAUGUGAUGAUUCACAGCCACAUCCAGAAGACGAAGUUGACAGUAGCACAAAGUGAUAAGGUCAUAAGAUGGUAAUUUUUUCUGGACAUUGAGUUUGCCAACCUCGAACUAGUAGAUAUUGGUUUUACCCAUUCAUGAAGAUACAGAAUUUUUUGUAGGGGUAGAGUGGAGUGGAUGGGUGGGUGGUGGGCAUAUUGCAGGCUUGGUAGUUAGUUCCACAGUUUUGUUUUGUCCAUCACAAGUCUUCCCAAGUCUGUCACAAAUCAAGCAACAGGUCAAUUUCAAGGCAGUAUUACAGGUCUGGUCUCAAGUAACAUUGGAUGAAUAAUGAUAGAGGAAUGCUUAUUGGAAAUGUGGCUUGGCUUGAGACUGGUUGACUUUGUAAUGGAUUUGAAAGCAGUAUAGUGAUUUGGGGUGGACUCGACCACAACUCUCCUAAAGAGAAGUCUACUUAUUUGACUAAAAUUAGAGAUCAGAGUUUUACAACAUACUGUAAACAGCAUUUAUAAAAAGGUUUGUCAAAUUAAAGGCACAUGCAUUUUUAAUGAACGGUUGGUGAAUGGUAUGUCCUUUGUAUCUGUUUUGUUAAAAAAUUAUCUGUGAAUUUAAAAAUAUAUUUACUCGGUCAUUUUAAAUGAAUGACUUUCAUUUUGCCGUAUCUUGUACAUAUAGUAAAAUUGUAUGUUACUCUCUGAAAUCAAGAGAGUUCUUUUUUUUACUUAUGAGUGUUAAGCUACCUGCUAAUAUCAGUGAAUCUAAAUAUUUGUACAGUACAUGUACACUGGAAAGACCAAGAUUAUGGAUGAUAGUAGGUGUGUGAGUAAAUACUUAAUCUAGGCUAAUAAGGGUAAGAUGGCAGACACUGCCAAACUUUAAGCCGUCGCAGUGAUGGACAGAUUCAUUAACAACUGUACUUUUAGUAACAAAAAUUUGACUUUAAACCUGCAAUAAAAUGGAGAUUCCGCUUUACUUUCA